AUGGCGAGUUCAGCUUUGCAGCGCUCGAUGGCCAUGCCUGACGCAAAGGCGGAUUUCGCAACGGCAUGGGCAUUUCUGAAAGAGGGCUUAGACGAGAUCAUCUCACUUGGUUUUCAAGCUAGCAACUAUGCGAAAUACAUGUCCAUGUACUCGGUGCUUGCACUAGUGCAAUGGAAGACUCAUUUCCUCAUUCCUCAACAUCGGAAGUUGGUCGGAACCCUUAUCCACCUCAGCCGAGACGAGAGGGAAGGUUUGAAGGUCGAUACAAGCUCUAUCAAGACGAUCACGGAUUCGUUAGCAUCCGUUUACAAAGAGCUCUUUGAGACGCCCUUCCUGGACGCCACAGAAAUAUAUUACACGUCAAUCGCCAACGCUAUCAGCAAGGUUUGCAAUGUCUCGGAGUAUCUCAAAUGGUUAGAGGAUCGGCUUCGGGAUGAAGGAGAUCGAGUGGAUCGGAUGGUAGAGACGAUGACUUGCAGCGCUCCUACACUCUUUUUUUCCAAGGGUUUGGAGUGCGUGCGAGAUACGUUCGAACGGCGCCUGAAGAAGGCCUUUGUGUCUGCGCUGUCAGAGGGGGCUACCGGUGGCAGCCUAGAUUCGAAGAAGUUCGUUGACACAUUACUGGACGUUCGUCAGAAGAAUAUGGAAGUCAUAACGAACAAAUUCGGGGGUGAAGCAGGCUUCAUGGCUAUCCUUGACAAAGCUUGCAGUGAUGUGGUGAACGGGAAUACGGCGAUAGGCGUUUCCUCUUCGAAGUCGUCUGAAAUGCUUGUGCAGUAUGCCGAUGAUCUCGAGCGAGCGAGUAAAGACUUUGAAAAGGCACCUACGAGAGAAAUUACAACUCGCCUGCUUGUGCUGUUUAGAUAUGUAGAAGACAAGUCUCACGUGCACGCUUCUUAUGAGCGUAUGCUCUCACAAAAUAUUGUCGACCUUGAUGCGUCCGAGCCCACGCCUCGCUCUAAUACGAACCCGAGGGAUGUGGAUCAGUCUAUAACGGUAUAUGGUAGGCCAACUGAUGUAUCCCAUCCAUCUGCAGUCAAGUCCGACAUUAGCCGAGCGCAAAAAGCUGCUCAGAGCUCUAAUAGCAGUUUUGGCGCGGCACUUUUCCGCAGAUGUCCUUCCCAGCUCGAUUACCUCAUCGAGGUUCAAGACGAGAAUCGUGACUUCUGGCUAGUGUCCUGUCUUGUGUACUACGAUGCCAUCAUGCGACGAAUCGGUAUCAGUAUAGCUGCUGCGCCCCAAGGACUCAAUGAAAGUGCCGGGGGGGGGGGGGGGGGUGUUCGCGAAGAAGUAUCUGCACACAAAGGGUCGACUUGCGUAUAUAUAUCAUGCCAGUCGUAUCUCGUUGAUCAAGUUACUAACACCCCCCUCCGCCCCCAACUUGAACUCUUUGAAAUUCACACCUCGAUCAUGAGUACCAAAAAGUUGCCAAACGAGACAGAGGUUGCAGGCCAGGCUGGAGUAGGACGCCAAGCCCCAAUGGCAAGCAGCGCAAGCCGCAAGAAUGUAGGAAACGUGCGUGAGCGGAACCCCAGCCCCACUUCUUCUGGGAACCCUACUCCACCCUGCCCCCCCAACCCCAGCCUCAGCCUCGCCCUUCCCUUCGCCGUCCGACGAGAGCGCCAGGCCGGAGCUGACAGCCGCCCACCGGCGCCUGCACCGCUGCACGCUCCAGCUCGCGCUCUUCACGCACACGGAGCAGCCCGACGCGGCGGCGGGGCGGCGCUGGAGGAGGCGGAGGCGGGCUUGAAGGGGCUGAAGGGGUUCUUUCGACACCCCGCUGCCGUCGCCGUGUCUGAACAUUACGGUGACGGUCGAGCCGGGCGACGGGCCGUCGUCUAG